AAUUCCUCAAGGCGCAAGUGACGUAUAAGCAAUGGCAGUCUCGUAAAAAUAAAAUUCCUUUCCAUCCCAGUUCUGUACGAACUAAUAAGUUUUUCGAUAUUUUCACCAGUUUUGGCAUCGAUUUUCUUACUCAAACACCCACUAAAAUGUUUCGAAACGUGUAGUAAACAUCCGCAGCUAUGGCAUUCCUGUGUCCCGUUCGAAUUAGACGGGGAAAGAAGAAAAAACCCAUCGGAAGCGACAUCGAUAAGGACCUGACGAGCAGCUUGGGUUUGAAUCAUGGAAUGGGUCGCAUCACUGGAUCAGCCAGCAUCGAAACGCUGGUCCGCGUGGGCAUCGAGAAGGAGCACGGCCUCUCGCCAGACAGCAAAAUGGUUGUGCUGCACGAUUUUACACCGUGCGUGGACGAUGAAUUGGAAGUGAAACGGGGACAGAUUGUGAAUAUUCUGUACCGGGAGAAUGAUUGGGUGUAUGUCAUUGGCCAGGACACCCGACAAGAGGGCUUCAUACCACAUUCGUAUUGUGCGCCGUUUAAUACACAGCUAGCGGAUUUGGCCAUAAAGAAAAAACUGCCACGUGACGUGUCUGUUGGACUAGCAAAUAACGACCUAACCGAGGGAAUACCGGACAUUAACAUAGAUGUGAUUGACGAUAGCACAUCCGGGUUGAUUGGACUAACCAAUUCACUGAAACACUCGCAGGCGAGUCUUAGUUCUGAGCCUGAUUUCUUGCCAUUUUCUAAGGACCCAAGUGGUCGUUAUAUUGUACUAUAUACUUUCAUCGCCCGGGACGAGAACGACGUCUCAGUUGAACGGGGUGAGUUUGUGACGGUGUUGAAUCGUGAAGAUCCAGAGUGGUUCUGGAUAGUGCGGAGUGAUGGCCAGGAAGGCUUUAUUCCUUCUGGAUUCGUGUACCCGGCGGAAAAUAUUCUGCAAGGUCAAACGAAGCAAAAUCUUGCCGGUGGAAACCCUACCAACAACAAUAAUGGAAAUGUGGGAACAAAUGAUUCAAACAUACCACAAAUGAAUGGUGGUGUGAAUAAUUUAGGUGGAAACGGAGGGACAACCAUGAAUUCUGUACAGCAGCAACAGCAGCAACAACAGCCACAGCAGCCUGGAAUUGGUUCCGAUGAUUUACGAUAUCAUGGAACGGAACUUGUUAUGCUAUACGAUUAUAAGGCGCAAGCACCGGAUGAUCUGUCGGUUCGACGAGGGGACUGGAUCUACGCCGACCUGAAUAACCAAACCGUCGACGGGUGGCUUUGGGCUUAUGCACCAAAAACACGAAAGUAUGGUUUCAUCCCCAAAGCAUACGCUCGACCGCCGGCCAUGACCAGUUUGUAAUUCAAAUAAUCUGGAUUAUUUUAAGCGAAUUUGUUCUAAGAUAUCAAAAUAUUUUUAUACAUGAAGUAUUUGUUUGUAAAGAAUGCGUACCGCAUUUCGUUCAGAAAAUUUAAUCGCUCAACUGCCGCAAUCGCACAAGAAAUCUGUAAACUGUAGAUUGUAAAACGCAAAAGUACUUAAUCAAAAAAAAAUCAUUAUACAAUUCAAUACUCUACUAGAAACUAAUUUUAUUAUUUUAUUUUAUACACGAAAUAAAGAAACCAGUUUUUUAUAUCAA